CAGACAGUCAGACUGGCCAAAUUUCCUGGAUGUCUCCCUCAGCAUCCACAUAUAUCACGCAUUACAUUGACCAGUGUUUGCUAAUGGAAUUCUCUUCGUAGCAUUGCGUAUAACGGAUAAUGAAGCCUUCGAAUGGAUGCGGAAGCUUUGACAAUCCUUUGUCGUGGCUCAUAAUGUCCACUAGAGCCCCAACAAAGCGUUUAUGUAUGAACCCAAGAAGCCUCUGUCCACUGCAAAGCACAAUGUCACUACCACCUCCAGGAAUCGUAUAUAGUUAGUCCUGCCUGAAUGCCUACCUGGUAUCAUCGUUAUCCCAAGGAGAAUCAGGCGACAAAAUUAAGUAGAACCCCACUCAUAUUCCUCUAUAAUCAAGUUUCAAAUGUCUCCUACCAAGGUCUACGUUUGCCCUCAGACAAAGUGCGGCGAAACUUUUACGAAGUUUAAGGAAUUCAAGAGGCAUGAGGCUGGGCAUGCAGACAACACGCGCACUUGCACCUUUCCCGGAUGUCACUUUGCGACGAUGAUAAAAAGAAGCUUCGAUAUUCACUCUGCCAGACAUACUGGCGAGCAACGGUAUGGCUGUCCUCAUGAUUGCACCUUCAGGACACACGACCCUUCCGCCCUGACGCGCCAUCGCAAAACAAAACAUGGAUAUGUUCCUUCUUCGCGCAGCGGACGCGAAGGCGGUCAUGUUUCUGUCCCUUCCGUAUCAGACAGGACCACAUCGUCUCAGUCCUCUGCUUCGCCCCACCAAUCACACCCUCACUACCAAGACCCGUCGUUGGUCUUCUAUGACCUAAUGGAUACUGAGGACGAUUUUACCAUGUUUAGCGAACCCGCGAAGACGGCCAAUGGGUGGACUGAGGGUUGCAUGUGCCCCGAAUUGAUGCAAAGACGCCUUUCGGAGAUACUGUGUUAUGCAUUUGGGCAAUAUUAGUUUGCAUAAACUCAAGGCGACUUGUGUUCGUCGGGGGUAAAACCCUCCUUUCGUUACAUCUAUCCAUCUAUCAUUUUUCAAUUAGAAGC